UGUGGUCCAGGAAAAAGAGUCUGUAUGGGCCUCCGUUUUCUCAUCUGCAAAGGCCAGGUUUGCACUAGAUUUUGAAAUCCAUUUUAGCCUCGACAUUCUGUGGUUAUAAGUUUAGUGUAAUUGCACGGUCAUUUGACAAAUAUUUACUGAAUUAGGCUUCAGGCACUAAUUGAAAACACAAGACCCCACUCUCAAGAGCUCUCAGAUUGAAAGAACAAAAUAAAAUAGGGUCAGCUGGGCUGCAAUGAGAGCUGAGUCUUAAAAAGACUCAGUGUGCCCUGGAAUUGAGGCUGGGAAGGUCAUCUAGACUAAAGAAAUGGCUGUGCAAAGAAAGGCAGGAGGCAUGGAGACAAGGGAAGUUUGUAACCAGAACAUAGUUUCAUACACAUAAUUGUUUGAGACAAAUGGCUUUUGGGUGCUGAGAAUAUAUUCUGCAUCCAACAAAGCUAAAAUCUAUUUCAGCCAGGAGAACAUUCACAACUGGAAAACAGGCAGAUCAGGCAUGCCCACAACCUAAACUGAUCAAGUUUGGGAAAUGACCAGGCAAGUCCCCUGUUACUUCCUGUGAGAUAUGUCUUUUCCCCCACCGACCUGUGGUGGCUCUCAGGCCACCUCACACCGUUCUACCUGCCCAGCUCAAGGUAGACCCAAAGAUGGCACAAAGAUGGACGGAACAAUUGCUACCUGGUAGGUUUUGGUGGGGGCAGGGCAAGGUCGCACGUCAGGCGCCAUGCAGGGACAAAGCCUUUGCCCCAGACAUGACCCUACUAGGUGAAAUGCCCUUGUUACCAGGCUGGAUGAAGAAAAGGCUGGGAUUUGCUCCCCCCUCAUUGGUCAGCAGAGAAGUGCCUCCGAGAAACUUUUGCUACCGAAGGGAACGAGAGCCCAUUGGUCAGGACACCUCACAAUGACCCAGCAGCGCGCAGGGUUCUGCGGAUUGGUUCGUUCCUCCCGCGUAGGGCCCUGCGGUUGUGUGUGUGUGUGGAGGGGUGGCGAGGGGGCGUAUCUCCUUGACCCCUGGCGGGCAGCUUGGCGCCUGGACCGAGCUCAGCUUCGCAGACCUCUGUUCCCAUUAACUGUUCUGGGGGCCACCCUCUGCUGCUGAGGAACGGGGCGCAGAGCACCCAAGUGCAUGCUCCCUGCAGCGGGAUCUAGGCCCGCGAGGGGGCGACUGGGUGAGACUGUCGCUGCUCAAGCUGAGAGCAAAGGCCCAAAGCCAGACAUCUUUGCGCAGGGCCUCCACGAUCGGGAACUGGUCUGGGCCACGGCCAGGACUCUUCUCAGGAGUUCUGCAUCUCCAACCUGCUCCCGUAAGUUCAGAGCACCGACAUGGUGUGAGAAUCCUUCAAGGACUGACGCCUUACUAGUCCCCUAAAUCGUUUAUCCACCACAUGUCUAUCUGCUCAUUUAUUUGGCAUUCUGGGUCCAUCCGCAGCUCCACCUGUCCAAAUCCUUACUUCUCUCCAACGGUGCUGGGAAAUCCGGUGUCCUAAAGAAUUCGGAUUGAUAUCUGAGCAGAGGAGUGGUAGACGACCAGAGGGUGAAACCUUGGAGGGACAAUGUUCUACUAUCCCAAUGUGCUUCAGCGCCACACCGGCUGCUUCGCCACCAUCUGGCUGGCAGCAACUCGUGGCAGCCGGUUGGUGAAGCGUGAAUACCUGAAGGUGAAUGUGGUGAAGACCUGUGAGGAAAUCCUCAGUUACGUGCUGGUACAAGUGGAACCCCCCCAGCCCGGCCUGCCGCGCCCCCGCUUCUCUCUCUAUCUCUCAGCCCAGCUCCAGAUCGGUGUGAUCCGGGUCUACUCACAACAAUGCCAGUAUCUUGUAGAGGACAUUCAGCACAUCUUGGAGCGCCUGCACCGUGCCCAGUUGCAGAUCCGCAUAGAUAUGGUGGACACUGACCUACCCAGCCUGUUGCUUCCUAACCGCCUGGACAUGAUAGAGAUCCUGGAAGGUGCUCCAGACCCCUUUUUUGGGAUGAUGUCUGUGGAUCCCAGACUUCCCAGCCCCUUUGAUAUACCUCAGAUUCGGCACCUUUUGGAGACUGUGACCCCAGAGAGAGUUCCUGAGGAGAUCCCUCCUGAAGUCCCUACAGAGCCAGGGAGGCCAGACAGGAUCCCGGUCACCGUGCUGCCUCCAGAGGCCAUCACGCUCCAGGAGGCAGAGCCCAUACAUAUGCUGCCGAUUGAAGGUGAACCAGACCUCCCAGAGAUUAGCCGUCGAGACCUGGACCUGCUCAUUGCUGAGCCAGAUGAAGCUAUCUUGUUGGAGGAACAAGGCAGGCCUGUCCAGCAGUGUGGGGCCUACCUGGCACUGGACAGUCAGGCCCUGGGCAUGGGCAGUCUGGGCUUGGGUCGCGCUCCGUCUCUUUUCUUCUGUGUGCUGAAUGCUGAUCCUCUCUCUGCAGUGUCCAGGGAGGAGCCCCGGGCCCCAGAAGUGGAAGUUGCAGUUCCCUCACUAUCACCUCCAGCUCUUCCACUAGUAGAAGUAGCAGAGCCACUUCCAGUCCCAGUCCUGGCCCCAGAGGAGGUGAAACCAGCAGUCUGGGAGCCUGAGGUCCCACUUGCUGAAGUGACACCCCCGCUCCCGGAGGAGCUGCGUCUCCCAGCCCCACCCAGCCCAGAGAGGAGGCCCCCAGCCUUCCCACCUGUUCGUCGUCGUGGUCGCCGCCGCCAGUUACUGUUCUGGGACAAGGAGACUCAGAUCUCCCGGGAGGAUUUCCAGAAACAACUGCAAACCAAAGCUCACUGCUGGGAAUGUCCAAUGGUGCAGCCCCCAGAGAGGACCAUCAGAAGUCCCAUGGAGCUGUUCCAAGCCCCAACUUACCGUAAGAAGAGUGGUGGGAGUUGGUAUGUGGGAUCCUCUAACCUGAUAUUCCUCUCUUGGUAUUCCUCAUGCCUCAAACCCUCCCUGCUGCCACCUUGUCCCCACUCAGCUGGCUGGCUACCCCCAGAACUGAUGGCGCUCUGGACCCACUGUGCUCAGCCACCGCCAAGAGCACUCAGGCGAAUGCCACCCCUGGAGCCUGAAGAGGAGGCUAAGAGGGAAGCAGCAGCUGAGGAGGAAAGGAGAAAGAUGGAAAUUCCAAGUGAUAUUGAGGUCCUGAGGGAGGCCCAGGAGCCCAGUGGGCCCCUUAUGCUGUCCUCAGAGCUCUCCAUAGAAGCAGCUGAGGAAGAGAAGACCCAGAUCAGCCUCAUUCCCCCAGAAGAGCGGUGGGCCUGGCCUGAGGUGGAGCAGCCAGAGCCCCUUGCACUGCCUGUGGUGCCCGAACUCCCUGAGGUGCCCAUGGAGAUGCCUUUGGAGCUGCCUCUAGAGCCCGAGCUGCUCUCACUCGAGGCUGUGCGCAGGGCAGUGGCACUGGAGCUGCAGGCCAACAGGGAGCCAGAUUUCAGCAGCUUGGUGCCACCUCUCAGCCCUCGCAGGAUGGCUGCCCGAAUCUUCUAUUUGCUCUUGGUGUUGGCAGCCCAGCAGAUCCUACGUAUGGAACAAGAGAAGCCAUAUGGACGCCUUUUGAUCCAGCCAGGGCCCCGAUUCCACUCUGGUUAGAUCCAGUGUAAGAGCUGCCAAGAAACCAGCUACCUUAAACCACCUCCUGCCUUUCUAGGCCCUGCCUGCCUCCUUUCUGGACAUGAAGCUCUAUCUCUGCUCUCAGAGCUACUGUUUAAAGCAGAAAAUGAACUGCCUUUAUUACA